CUGCUGCACCGACUUCUGCCAUCAGUAUUGCUGCUACAGACACCAGUGACAGACGGGGCAUUCUUACUCUUAAAGUGACUUGGAAGAUGAGGGCUGCCAUCUCACUGCUGGUGCUGCUGCUCUCCAUGUGUGGAGUCCAGACAGAGGGCCAAGGCACUGACACCUCUAGCCAGGACGUCUCUACUGAGCUGAAGGAACUCAGAGACUUGGUGGUGGACCUGAGAGCAACAGUACGACAUACUCGAGAUGACGUUAAGGUUUUGGAGACUGACAAUGUAGCAGUGAAAGGAAGGCUUGUGGCCAGUGAGACAAAGGUUCAGGCUCUACAGGAAAACAAAGCAGAAAUGAAGACCGAGGUGGACAAUCUGAAGAGGGAAAACGCAGCACAAGAGGUAGAGUUGGCCGUAUUGAAGACCCGACUGGCAGCUACAGAGACUGAAGUCAAGGACUUGAAGAUGAAGGCCAGUGCAGCACUGGAGCAGGAGCUGACAGCAGUGAAGACCAGACUGGCUGCUAGUGAAACUACAGUAGACGACCUGAAGAAGGAAAACGCAGCACAAGAGGCAGAGCUGACAGCAGUGAAGACCAGACUGGCCAACAGUGAAACUAAAGUGGAGAAUCUGGAAAAUGAGAUCAGAGCAGCACCCAAGGUGGCCUUCUCAGCAGGUCUGGGUUACGGAUCCAUAGAGUCUGGGAGGAGAAGCCUGGACGUAGUAUUCAGUAGAGUCAUCACCAAUGUAGGACAGGCCUACAACAGCACGACUGGCUUCUUCACAGCUCCAGUCAGGGGGGUCUACUACUUCAGCUUCACUGUUAUGGAUAAUCUGGACUCACGCUACAUGAUUAUCAGGAUGUAUAAGAAUAGAGAGAGGCUCAUGUGGCUGAAUGAGCAUGACACCGAUGGAAAGGCCUCCUAUCUGUCCGGUGGCCUGACUCUGCAGCUGGAGAAGGGAGAUACAGUGAUCCUGCAGAUACCAGAAAAAAGCAGGCUCUAUGAUAAUGAUAGUAACCACAGCACCUUCAGUGGCUUCCUGCUCUUCCCUCUUUGAAUGCCAUUAGAUCACCUGAAUAUUUGAUUGAUAAAUGAUCAAUGUAAAUUCAUGAUCAUGAUCAAAUAAAUGUCUGUUUCACAACCACAGUUAUGUCUGCGUGUCAGUGCCCCAUUGGGAUAUAUAAAAUAAUGAUAGAGGUA